AACAGACGAUGUGAAACAGCGCCGUCUGCGGUCACAGUUUCUGAUGGGACCCAGAUUUCGGUGUAACACCGGGUCUCAAAUAGAAAAGAGAAACGGACCGGGCGCGUGAGAGGAAGAGGAAGAGGAGGGAGAGGGACCUGCUGCGCACAUAAAGCGAGAAAAGUGCCUUGAUUCACGUGACAUACUUUCAACAGGAGGACAGGAUGGGGGACAUAGCAGAUGGUGAGGGAAGCUUCUACUCCAAUGCGGAGGACUACUGGAGAGAGGUUCCGCCCACAGUGGAUGGCAUGCUGGGAGGCUACGGGAGCAUCUCCAGCAUUGAUAUCAAUGGAUCUAAGGCUUUCCUGCAGAGGUUCCUUGGGGACGGGGAAGGGAAGACUGGCACGGACUGCGCUCUGGAUUGUGGAGCAGGCAUCGGUAGGAUCACCAAACGUCUACUGUUGCCUCUGUUCAAGACUGUGGACCUGGUGGAUGUGACACAAGAGUUUCUCGACAAAGCCAAGACGUACCUGGGAGAAGAGGGAAAGCGAGUGGGGAAGUACAUCUGCAGCGGCCUGCAGGACCUCGUACCGGAGCGUGGACGCUAUGAUGUCAUCUGGAUCCAGUGGGUCAUCGGCCACCUGACAGAUGACCAUCUGGUGGACUUCCUGCAGCGAUGCCAGAAAGCCCUGCGGCCCAACGGCCUCAUUAUCAUCAAGGACAAUGUGUCUUACGAGGGCGUGGUCCCUGAUGAGGUGGACAGCAGUGUCUGCCGCGACCUGCAAAUAGUUCAUGGUCUGGUGGGCAGAGCAGGCCUCCGCAUUAUCCAUGGAGAGCAACAAACUAACUUCCCAAAGGAGAUUUACCAAGUCCACACUCUGGCUCUCCGAUAGGACCGCCCCUCCUCCCUAGGGUAGUGAGAGUAAAUGCAGUAUUUCUAACACAUUUUCUAGUUCACUAUCCCAUGUAUUGUCCGUGAAACGAUCUGCUGUCACUGUUUGUGCAGUUUGACGCUAACUCCAUUCAUCAGCUUUUUACUCUCCACCAAUGGCUGAGUCAUCUCUUCUGGGCUAUACGGUUUGAGCUCCAGACACAAACACACCGAUUUCAGUUCAAGAUGGCUGAAGUCAAGCAUGCAUUUCUUAGGUCAGGGUGACAUCCGGCUGGAUGGCAGGUCCACUUUCACAUCGCACAGCCAGCCAAUAGAAACUGGGAACAGAGAAGUCCUUGUCUUCUUGCUGCGCGAUCAGCAGACAUCAACCUACUGCAUGACUCUUCCAGAGCGUUCAAAGAUAGUCAUCAUGGCAUUGUCCGCGACCUACUACUAUUGCUACAGCAUCACUUCCUGCUUCUUUCACAAGCGGAGUACUCUAUUCUCACACACGUUUCCAGUGUUAUGAACAUU